GUGAUAGUUCCGUGUAUCCCGCACAGUGACCUUCGCCUACCAUUACUGGCUACCUCAAGGACACUGUAGACCCUUUGUGAACGCUGCGUAGACUGUAGACUGUAGAGGGUCCGUGUGCGUGAUGUGGGUGGCUGUAGGCGUGUGUAGGCGUGCGUGUGUGUGUGUGUGGAGGGCGGGGAGAUAGGCAUUACCGCGCGGCCUUGCUGAGUGGCGGUUGUGUUAAACUUGUACAGGUGCUGCGUGGACGUGCAAGGUAACAGUGCUGAGUUUUAAUGAUGGUGCUGACUCCUAGUGCUAAAUAACCGUGACAAAAGUGCAGUGAAUAACAGUGCUGAGUCAUAAUGAUGGUGCUGAUUUGUAGUGCUGAUUAAACUGUGCUGGCGGUGUUGUGAAGUGGUCAGACUUUCGGUAAACUUGAGUGGUGCUGCUUGACGGUGCUGAAUAGUAGUGCCGUGUAACAGUGCUGACUGACAAUGGAUGUGCUGACUGCUGGUGCUGAAUGAACGUGGAGUAGCGGCGAUGGUGUCGAACUCUUAGUGGUGCUGAGUAAGGGUGCUGAGUGUUGUGACGAUAUAAAAGUAACAGUGCUGAAUGAAUUACAAUGACGGUGCUGACUCCUAGUGCUGAAUAACCGUGGUAAAGGUAGUGGUGUUAAACUCUAAGUAGUGUUGAGUGUUGUGACUGUAAAAGUAACAGUGCUGAAUGAGUUGCAAUGACGGUGCUGACUCCUAGUGCUGAAUAACCGUGGUAAAGGCGGUGGUGUUGCAAAGUGGUGAGACUCCCCCCCCCCCUACCCCCCCUACCCCCAGCCCCGCAGCCUUCCCAUGAACCUGAACACCAUGCUAAAAGUUCUGCUGACGGAGCGGUUCGGGCGCCCACAGAGGAGCAGGGUGUGCGCGAUGGAUCUGUCCACCGCGAUGGAGGAAGCAAGACUCGCCUGCAGCUACUUCUUCAACAACCGCUUCGAGGAGGCCAGAGCACUCAUGAAGCCCUGGGCACACAAGAGCAUGUACCACGGCCUCGGGUACGGCACCUUCAUGUACCUGCAAGCCAUCAUGACCUUCGACCCAAAAGACAUUGAGCUGGCCAUCGAAACACUGAAGCAGAGCGUCGAGGUUUGCAACAAAUUCCGCCGCAAGAACACGAUAGGCGAGUCCCUGGGCAAGAUGGUGAAGAAGGUGGACUACAACAGCUUCACAAAAGAGGAGAUCCAUGCCGAGCUGUGUUAUGCCGAGUGCCUGCUGCUGCGUGCCGUGCUCACCUUCAUGGAGGACGAGACUCUCAUAAGCUUCCUCAAGGGCGGCAUGAAGAUCAGGGCGUGCUACCAGUCCUACAAGGAGUGUUGGUACAUCCUGGAGGGCCGAGACUGGAGCAAAGACGCAGACAAGAUGCACUUCGAGUCUGGUGUCAGGAUGGGUGUUGGGGCCUUCAACUUGAUGAUUUCACAGCUUCCACAGAAAAUCCUCAAGUUGUUAGAAUUUGUCGGUUUCUCCGGAAAUAAGUCGUGUCAGGUAAGAGACCAAAAGUCGAUGGGUCUGUCGGAGCUGGAGCGAGGGUUCCACCUGGAGGGGUCGCUGCGUCGGGUACUGUGUGCCCUGGUGCUGCUCGGCUACCACCUCAUCGCCACCUACGUCCUCGGUACCUCAGAGGGUGACCUGAAGAUGGCACAGACCAUUCUUGAUGAUCACCUCAAGCUUUACCCAAAUGGUGCUUGGUUUCUAUUUUUUGCUGCUCGCCUCGAGUACGUGAAGGGCAACUUUGACCUUGCCAUUGAGAAGUACACCAUCUCGCUCAACAGCCAGAAUGAGUGGCGGCAGUUCCACCACCUGUGCUACUGGGAGCUGAUGUGGUGCUGCAUCAUGAGCGCCCAGUUCAAAGAUGCCGAGGAGUACGCUGACAAGCUCCUGGUGGAGAGCAAGUGGUCCAAGGCAACGUAUGCCUACCAGAAGGCUUGCUGCAUGUGCAUGAGGAUGGACGAACUCACGCCAUCAGAGAAACAAGAACUGAGUGAAACCAUGAGAAGUAUUCCGGGGCUCAAACAGCGCAUAGCCGGCAAGAGUCUUCCAGUGGAGAAGUUUGCAGUGAAGAAGUCUGCGAGGUUCUUUGCACAAGGGGAAACUUUAUGCCUGUCCGCCCUAGAGCUCAUAUACGCCUGGAACGGCUUCAAGAUCCUGGCCAAGCGAUACGAAAAUGUUGAGAAGAUCUUCACCAUAAUUGAGAGGGAAAUGAGGCGGCUGGAGUCCAUUAGAGUGGAGCAGAGAGGUGAAUAUUUCUGGGAUGACUACCUGUUGGCACACCUGGUGAAGGGCUCCUGCCUGGCCUACAUGAACUCCCCGCUGCAGGCUGAGGAAUGCUUCAAGUUCAUUGUCAGCAAUGAGAAGAAGCUCAAGGAGGACACCUACCUCGUCCCCAAUGCCCUCCUUGAGCUGGGCCUCCUCCUCCUCCGAGCCAAUGACCUGGAGCAGUCGCGCAUCAUUCUGGAGCACGCCAAGAACAACUACAAGGGCUAUUCUCUAGAGUCUCGGCUACACUUCCGCGUCCACGCCACGCUGAACAAGAUCCACAGCCUCCAGAAGGGCAGCCAAUCCGAGGGCCUCGACCCCAUUGGCAACUACCCUUCCAUCAGCCGCUCCCCCUCUCCCUGCCUUGCCAAAACCUCCGGCACCACCAACGGCACCGGGCCUCACUUCAAGACCACCAAGAACAGCAAGUCCAUCUCGACGGCACUCUGAUAAAGCAGCGUUGUCACAAAGCAGGAGAGGUGGGCUGGCAGGGCAAGGCCAGCGGAGGUCAAUAGUUGUGCUUCCCGAACACUGUCCACCAUGCCAGGCAGUGUGUGGAGUGAGGCAGACUGUGGUAAUGACACACCAAAAAUAUGCUACAUAUGUGUACUGCUACAUGCUCCUCUAGUCAGACUUUUUUUUAGAGAACUUUAAUGAAUACCCAAACAUUCCACCUCAUCUGAUAAAUAUAGAUUUUUAUUCUGUAUUGGGAUGAGUGCUAGCGAUUUCUGUUAUGUGUGUGUGUGUGUGUGCAUGUGCACGUACUAUGUUGCACACGUGUGUGCAUGCGUGUGUAAAUAACUGAGUGUAACAGAUGUUUUUUGUGUGUGUGUCUUUGUAUUUAUCUCAUGACAUGUAAAUCAAAGUCCUUAUCACGUAUGAUACAAGUAACUGUAAAUGGUAUGACUAGUGCCAUAUGGAUCAAAAUGAUAUUUUUGCAAUGAAAUCUAUUAUUUUGAAAUGUACUCUCUUAACCCAGUUGCAGACUCUGCACAUUUGCAACUACGUAAGCAUAUAGACUUAUGAAUAUAUUCCUGUGCAUUUGUGUAAGAAAUAACCUUUGAUGGUUGUAGAGAAUGAGUAUACUACUAAUGGUUUGCUUAAAGAAGGUGUUUGAUGUGUAGAGUGGAGAGUGGUGGGUGGGAGUCGUUGUUGAGUUCUGUGAUGCAGUGUUGAGGAAGGAUGAUGAAGGGAGGAUAAAAUCUGACAUGUAGAGUAUAUUUUGUCUCUUUUGAAGAGAAUUUAAAGUAUAGAAAAUAUAAUUAUAAAGUAUUUGUGAGUUUGGACUAUUGAAUGGAAUGAGUGUGAUUUGAUGUGAAUGAAUAUUAGGAUGUUGAAAUGUUGGAGUUUGUAAUGGAGGAAUAUUGUAGUGAAGUGGAAGAAAUGGUUGACAUUUGGAGUGUAGGAAUGCUGAGAAUGUAAAAGUUAAAAAGAAGAAAACUGAAAGAAGAAAUGCAAAAUGGAAACUGAAAAUGAUGGAAUGUAAAAGAGAAACAGUGCUGGAGUUUUGAAGGGUAAGAGUGUUAAGAUUAUGAAUUGCUGGGAGGGAUGAAUUAUUUAGUGAUGGCCCAACGUGAUGUGACUGGAGCAACACUUGGUCACUCCUGAUGCUCUCUCUGUGUGGGCGUGUCCUGAGCGCUCUGCCAGCCAGUAUUUAGGUCCAUUUUCUUAAACAUAUCGGGCUACCAUUACAAUUUUCCAGGGCCGCAGCAAAGACUAACCAGGAUUUCUUGGGUGAUUUUUCCGUUGAAGAAGCUGAAGUUGGGUAAAACUAUUGCCAGUGUCAGAAAUUUUUGUACAUAAAAUUACCUCUCGUUAAAUCUUAUAUGUCGUUAGGGAGAAAUUCAUAGCCAGCAUCGCAAAACUGUCCAUGAUAAUCCCAGAUACAGGUAAACUGGAAUGCCGAUAUGUUUAAGAAUAUGAGCUUAAGUGUUUAGGGUAUUGAGUAAGCAGGCAGAGCAUUUUUCUCGAUCAACCUUUAAACGCAUUGAUGAAUCUUUCCUUGUUUUGUUAAUUUUGAGGUUAUUAUUGGUGUUAUGGAAAUUCCUAAGCCGAUGCCAAACUGAUAUUGCUGAUUUUGAACUCUUAGGAGGCAUGGAAGGAAAUGUCCCGCAAUAUUUAUAGAUUAUUGUGUUAACAUGUAUGAUUGGUGUAUUUUUUUUUUUUUUUUUAUCGCUAUUCUAUCAUUUGUUUGUACUUUGACUUACAGGAAAUAGUAUGGUAUAUAGUCUUGAUGUUUUUUAGUUCUGAAUCUAUUAUUUGAGAGAGAGAGAGAGAGAGAGAGAGAGAGAGAGAGAGAGAGAGAGAGAGAGAGAGAGAGAGAGAGAGAGAGAGAGAGAGAGAGAGA